UACGCACCUCUCCGAGAACGGCACGAAAUCGCGUGGGUCAAGGACCUCCAUCCCGACUGCGACAGCUACGCCGACGUGUACCACCGCCACGGGCUCCUCCACGACCGGAGCUACAUGGCGCACUGCAUUUGGUGCAGCGGCAGCGAGCGUGCGCUCCUCAAGGAGACGGGCACCGGCAUUGUCCACUGCCCCAACUCGAACUUUUCACUCACGAGCGGCGUCCUCAACGUGCGUCGCUGCCUUCGCGACGGCCUCAAGGUCGGCCUCGGCACGGACGUCUCGGCCGGCUACACGACGUCCAUGCUGGAUGCGGUCCGGAAUGCCGUCAUCGCCUCCAAGCUCGUGGCCAUGGGCCAUAGCAGCGACGGUGAAGAAGAAGCGAUACAAGAAGACCCGCUCACGUUCGCCGAAGCCUUCCACCUUGCGACCGUCGGUGGCGCCGAGGUCCUCAACCUCCAAGACAAGGUUGGCAACUUUGUGCCGGGCAAGGACCUCGACAUGCUGGUCGUGGAUCUCAAUGCGGACGACAGCCCCGUCGACGAGUAUGCGACCGACGACGCGCUGCAUCGUUUCCAGAAAUUUCUUUUCGUCGGCGACGACCGCAACAUCACCAGCGUCUAUGUGCGCGGUCGCCAGAUCCACGCGCGGUAAACGCCAUCACCACCUAUUUAGUCGCUGCCACGUACUACGCAGUAGUAGAUAUAUUAUGCCAUCAACACGCACGCCG